GUAAAGCGACGAUUCGCUUAAGCCGCCCGUUGGCUAGCUUCCUCGUCAUUCAGCUAGGAGAGACCCACCUCUUGAGGUGUCCCUCCCUGCCCCGGCCUCUGGCUGUUCAUUCGGCGCUGGGGCGUGGAGGGCGGAGGAGGAGAAGGUUGGGGGCAGCCUCGCAGAAGCCCAUCGCUGGAACAAAGAGCUGGAGGCCGACUAUAUGCACGAUGCUCUCCCGGUUAAGAAUGGGCGCUUCCCCCUGCACCUGGUUGGCACAUCGCAGCAUGCAUAGGAAGGAAAAAGGGAAGCCUCUGAUGCUUAACCCCAGGACGAACAAGGGCAUGGCUUUUACCUUAAAAGAACGGCAGAUGUUGGGGCUUCAAGGGCUCUUGCCUCCGAAGAUCGAGACGCAGGACCUCCAAGCUUUACGUUUCCAUAAGAACAUAGCCAAGAUGACGGAUCCCUUGGAGAAGUACAUCUACGUGAUGGGAAUUCAGGAAAGAAAUGAGAAGCUGUUCUAUAGGAUUCUACAAGAUGAUAUUGAACAAUUAAUGCCCAUUGUCUACACACCAACAGUAGGCCUUGCGUGUUCCCAGUAUGGGCAUAUUUUUAGAAGGCCAAAAGGAUUAUACAUUGCCGUAACAGAUAAGGGCCACAUCCGAUCUGUGGUAAACAACUGGCCAGAGAAUGAUGUGAAGGCUGUUGUUGUCACAGAUGGAGAACGUAUCUUGGGCCUUGGGGAUCUGGGAGUGUAUGGAAUGGGAAUCCCAGUUGGCAAACUCUGUUUAUACACCGCCUGUGCUGGAAUAAAACCUGACAAGUGCCUUCCUGUGUGUAUCGAUGUUGGAACUGACAAUCAGACACUUUUGGAAGAUCCAUUUUAUAUGGGGUUAUAUCAGAAACGAGACCGCUCGCAGCUUUAUGAUGAACUAAUUGAUGAAUUCAUGGAAGCCGUGGUAGGCAGGUACGGCCAGAACACCCUCAUUCAGUUUGAAGACUUUGGCAAUCACAACGCCUUCCGCUUUUUGAGGAAAUACCGAGAAAAAUACUGCAUUUUCAACGAUGACAUACAGGGGACCGCAGCGGUCGCCUUGGCUGGAUUGCUGGCAGCAGAGAAGGUCAUUGGGAAGCCGCUCGCCGACCACCGGAUCCUCUUCCUUGGGGCAGGAGAAGCCGCCCUUGGGAUUGCAAACCUCAUCCUCAUGGCUAUGGUGGAAAAUGGUCUUUCUGCAGAAGAAGCUUGCAAGAAAAUUUGGAUGUUUGAUAAAGAUGGCUUGUUGAUAAAGGGCCGGGCAGAAGCGAUAGACGUCAACCAGGAGCCCUUUACUCAUCCAGCUCCAGGGAACAUACCCAAAUCUUUCUUGGAUGCGGUGAACGUUCUUCAGCCUUCUGCCAUUAUCGGAGUUGCCGGGGCUGGGCGGCUGUUUUCUCAUGAUGUCAUCAAAGCGAUGGCCGACAUCAAUCAGAGACCCAUCAUAUUUGCACUGAGUAACCCUACCGUGAAAGCAGAAUGUACGGCUGAGGAGGCGUACACACUAACAGAGGGGCGCUGCCUGUUUGCAAGCGGCAGUCCAUUUGGGCCCGUGAAGCUGAGGGACGGGCGGUCCUUCAAACCGGGCCAGGGAAACAAUGCCUACAUAUUUCCAGGUGUGGCUCUUGCUGUUGUCCUGAGUAGCGUCCGGCACAUCAGUGACAACGUCUUUUUGGAAGCUGCAAAGACACUGUCCCAGCAGCUGAGUGAGGAAGAACUGCAAGAGGGCAGACUUUAUCCCGCCCUUUCCAACAUCCGGGAAGUGUCCAUUAACAUAGCUAUAAAGGUCAUGGAAUAUUUAUACGCCAAUCGCAUGGCGUUCCAUUACCCAGAGCCAGCAGACAAAAUUCAGUACAUACGAUCAAGAAUCUGGACAUCGGAGUACGAAUCCUUUCUACCAGAUCUGUACGACUGGCCGGUGUCUACAACCUACUCUUCGGACAAAAGGCGUGUUUGAAAUUUUGCUGGGAACAACAACAUUUGAAGUAGGAUUGACGAAGACUUAAAACUUCCUUUUUGUGCUAAACCAUUGAACUGGGUGCAUAACUGACACUGAAUUUAGUCCCCAGGUUGGACUUCCUCUCUUCUGAGGUGCAUAGGAAUGGACGGUUGAGUUGAAAUUUAAUAUAUUUUCUCUUCUCCCCGGGGAAGCUAGUUGAACAAAUAAGGGAAAACCCUUAAUUCUUUUUUUAACUUUUGUUAACUGGUCUGCUGUGUGAUAAGGUUUUUCUGUACUGUCUCUUUUAUGGCUGUAAGCUGCAUGGGUUUACACCAAACAGGUUAAUUGAGAAGAGAAUGUUAGUAAGUUGAGGAAAGAGAUUUGGCUUAGUCUCCUUCCCUCCCUCCCUCCCUCCCUCUUUUUCACAGGAGAAGCAUCCGGAGAUGCUGUCUUCCCUUUUGUAGUCUACACAAAACCCCCAAAGUCUUCAUUCUGCUGGAAGCAUAAAUUGAUGACCAAAUCACUCCAUCCCUUUUUAUAUUGGUUCUGUUUUUUUGCAACCUCAGUGGCUCCUGGAACUGCCCUACCUGCUGAACUUUUGUGGCCUGAAUUGCACAAAGCCAGAUUUGCCGAAAGGAGAGGCUUUCCUGUUUCCUUACAGGGCGGAUUCAAGCAUAGAAUUAUGUCCUUCUCAGCUCUGCAUUUUCUUCCUCUCUGGGAAAUAUCAGUCAUUGUCAGCAAGCAAUGCUGCCAGCUCCUGGAUCUGUGUGUGUUUGUGUGCUGAUGUCCUGCACUUGAAUAAUUCAGCCUUGUUAGUGGCACUGGCUGCAUAUCACUUCCCUGGCAUUUGUUACACAAAUGGACUAUUCCCCCCCCUUUCUUUUCAAGUAUUUUGUUGUUGUUGUUUUUCAUGCUUAAACUGUAACACUCCUUAAUCUGAACUUCAUGAGGGCUGCUUUCCUCCCAGGUCUCUGUCCCAUUGAUCUAAUAACUGGGAAUAUGUGCUUCGUUGCCCCCCCCCCCAUCCUAUGCCCUAAACCAAUGUUUCUUAACCUUAAUCAUUUUAAGACGUUGGACUUCUAUCCCAGAAUUCCCCAGCCAACAUGCCUUAAAACCGCAUGCCAAGGUUGGGAAACACUGCCCUAAACAAAGCAAGACACCACUCCAGUAAAAAAUAAUUUUUUUUACCUCCAGGUAAUCUUGGUUUGUGACAUGCAUAUUAGAUACGUCAGACCUGGGAUCUUUUUACCAUUAUUUAUUUAUUUAUUUAUUUGUCCAGUUGCCUUGCCAUGUUUCUGGGAAACUGUUAAGGAUAUAAAAGCUGUCCUCUUAGAUAAGUCAGUCUUUAAUUUGCCUGUCCAAUAAAAAGAAAGCCAAUAAUAAUAACAUCCCCAUUUCCUCCAAUUAAAUUCUACACGCUGCGCUGUCUGCUAGGAAAGCCAGUUGGAUAUGACAGUGCAGCGUGAAAAAGUGGAUGGAUUGAGUUUUAUUUUAUUUUAUUCUUCGGGGAAUGCAAGAGUGCAGAGCAAACAUCUCUGAGAGAAAUACCACCGCAGCAUUUUAGUUGAAAUGGUAAUGAAGGGCGAUGGUCUCAAAAGGUCACUGCUUCUCCUUUGCCAUUUCUGAGAAACGUGGGUUGAGCGAAAGGAUUCCAACGUGACAUUUUCCUGCUGUAAUUUUACCAUAAUUGGAAGCCUGUUUCAUACAGUUGUGCCUCUUAAAUUAAGAACUGGUUCAGUGUAGACUUUUCAGAUAGCAGGAUGAAUUUUCAUAUUAAUUUGGCACCAGGAACUUUCUCAGAUAGGGUGACUGAAAUUGUGUCUAGAUUCAGCUUUGAAUUGUAGUCUCGGCACAUCUAGAGCAGUUUGAGGGGAGAUUGCGCAACUCAACUAGGUGUGAUAACUACCGUAAAUGCCGGCGUACAAGGCGACCCGGCGUAUAAGACGACCCCCGUCUUUAUCGCCGGGCCGCAUUCCUAGAACGUCGUCUUAUACGCCGGAAACUACCAGUAUUUCCGGUGUAUAAGACGACUCGGCGUAUAAGAUGACCCCCGUCUUUGGCACCGAUUUCAGCGCUCGCAGAAGUCGCCUUAUACGCCGGCAUUUACGGUAUUUGGAAACAUUACAAUCUUGUUUUACAGUGCUGGACUAAAAUAUUUUAUAUAGAAGUUUACUUCCCAAUUUUUUUUUCCUGUUUGGUUAAUUGAGAAAGGUCUGAAUGAUGUCACCCCUAGCCAUCUUUUUUGGGGGGGGGAAGUGUCCUGUGCUGUCAGCAAUGUUUCUUUGUUUUCCUCUUCUGUAUAAUGUAGAAAUAUUGGUGAAAUUGUACUAUUUUAUAUAGGACACUUCAAAGGCACCUUCUCUCAGUUGUACCUGCCCAAAGGGAUGGUGUCUAUUUGUAAUUUAAGAAAACACAAGAAAUAACAUACUUGCCUAACUUUUAACAUUCUCAGAAUUUAUCUGAGAAAGAAUUGGGAAAGAAUAUUCUCAAAUUCCAUUUCAGGUGAUCUUAGUGCUCAAUUCUCUUCCUACUUACAUGGCUUUGCAGUCAUGUACUUAUGGAAGAUAGUUGCACGCUCUCAAGAAAACAUUUCCUAGUGGUCCAAGAAAUGAACAUGGGUGGUGUAGUUGACCAACACCUGAAUAAACUAUAUGGGGCCAUGUUGUUCAUCAAGAUAGUACAUAUAAUUGAGAUGAAUUCAUAAUGACUUUCUAUUUAUGAGUGGAAAUUUAUACUAGAAAGUACUGGCAAUAUUUGCUAGACUGCACAAUUCGAUAUAAAUACAAGUACAAUAAUAUUUUAUCCCAUAUUUAUCCACAAAGUUCUCUGUCGGGUUGGCUCAGCCUGGACUGUGCCACCAACAGUGCUGGUAUUGGGAUUUUAAGUCAAAGUCCAAAUCACCUAAAGGAGGUUGAAGUUUAAGAAAGGCCCUGAAUGUCUCUAUACCCAAAAUACCUGUAGCAGAAGAUAGCUCUCUGCAACGUUUAAUUGGCAUAAUUGGCUUUAAAUAUACAGACUGCCAGCAGUCUACAGCUGUGCUUCUCAUCCUUGUCAGCUUUUAAGUCAUGUGCACUUCAACUCCCAGAAUUCUCCCAGACAUGCAGAAUUCUGGGAAUUGAAGUACGUAUGUCUUAAAAGUUGCCAAGGAUGAGAAGGACUGCUGUAUAAAUUACGGCCUCUAUGUAGUUGGCUGAAUUUGAGUAAAGUAUGUGAUUUAAAUAUUUUUGUCAAAAUACUAGGUUCAGACGUACCUCUUGUUGACCGAUACGUUUCAAGACGUACAAAUUCCUACAGCGAGGGAAGAAGCCCACUUUGAACUGUUCAUUCCAGUUCCACAUGACAUAGAUUAUUAUUAUUCAUUAUUAAGUAGGAAGGAUUUUCAAAUUCUAAAUGCUCAGAAACAAAUGUCAUGUGUACGUUGGAAGGGAUAUCACUUUUUAAUCACAAGAUCUUCCUUUUGGGGCACUUAAGCUUCUAUGAGCUUUUUUUAGACAAAUCUGCAGUAAUAAUUUUUUAUUGUAAACUACCCAGAGCUAUUUAGGUAAGAUACGCAGUGUAAAAAUGUGAUGAAUAAAAAAAUAAUAAUUUGAUGGACAAAUACAAUUUUUCUCCCUCCCAUCCCCAAUUUAGGUUGAGGUACCGUAAUUUAGAAAAUAACAUAAUAUUACUUUGAGGAAGCUUGCUGAAUAAAUAUGUCAGAUUCAUUAGAAAACACCUUAGGAAAACUUUUAUGCUGUUUAAAAUUUUUUAAUUUAAAACAUGUUCCCUUAUAAAUGUAUUAUCGUUUGAAAAAUGGGCAUCUUUGUCUGCUCCUUUCAGCUGAUUUUCUUUUGCUUGGGCCUCAAAAUUAUUUUUAUUUUUAGCAGUUUUCUACUUGCUGAUUCCCAUUAAUUUUGAUUUUUUUUAAAUGAUGACAACUUACACUGCAAGUUGCUUUUAACUUUCAACAGCUGUGUUGAAUGAUUCUUUGUGAUUAUGAUGGAAAAUGAAUGCCAUUUCGUAGGAAGGGAUAAAUUUUUUUUAGUGAAGGUCACAAUCCUUGGAUUGGAUUUUUGAAUCCAAGAAGCUGGGUGGAGUUGGAGUGCAACUUAGCUGAUUAGUAAACUUGGUUUAAUUCUCCUUUAUCAUCAUAUAUCUAGUUCAGCGAAGAACUUGUUCGCACAAGCUGGAAACCAAUCAGGCCGUGUUUGUGAAGUUCCAGUUAUGUCCCUUGGAAUUGGCCCUAAUUUGAGGCCCAAGAAAAAGGGACCAUUUUCUUAUAGCCAGUGUCUCUCAAACAUGGCCACUUGAAGCUAUGUGGACUUCAACUCCCAGAAUUCCCCAGCCAGUCCACAUAUCCUCAAGUGGCCAAGGUUGAGAAUUGCUGUUAUAGGUGAAUGAAGGCAAAGAAGGAUGGUGCUUCAGAUCUCUUGCCUGUAGGUAAUCUUGAAAACCUGAACAGGGAAUAAUGACAUCCCAGUUAAUAAUGAUAAAGUAAUGUGUAGAUUCCAUUGAUUAUUCUAUUACGUAAAACAUUUUCCUUCCUUACCUGCCACAGCUGGAUGUGUUCAGACUGUAAUUUUGAGAACGUGACUUCACACAGGACUGCUGGACAGAGGAGGCUGGUAUAAAGCCUCCUGGGGGAAUUUAAAGCAAAUUAUGCCUCGGUGGGAGCGUUUCUCCCAACUCUCAGGAUAUAACUCCCCCCCCAUAGAUAUUGUUUAUUGCAAAGGGAGCCUUUAAAAAACAAGCACCAUGUUUGUAAGAUGCAUAUGUUUUGCUAAUGUUGUAAUUGUACGAAGAGAUGAGCUGUGGCUGUCUUUUUUCAUAGUAAAAGCUUUUCCUUUUUGCCUACAGUUAUGUGAGUAAUUGUUUUAUUUUGCUGAGUUGUGCAAAAGCCUUUUCUCAUCUACAGCAAGCACACCUGCUGGUGUUGGUAGGCUAUGUAGUCCAACAGCUCGGGAAGAACCCAGUUAGGAAGAGGCUGCCUUAGUGGAAUGCCCGUUAUCCUGUCCAGCUUCUUCUGAUGUCGCCCCAUCACUGGAUCAGUACCCAGUGAAGGUUGCUGAAGCCUAAAUGAAUUGCAGGUGGCAGAAAAGUUUGCAGGUAGUCGUCAACUGAUACAACAGUUUGUUUAGUGACCAUUAGAAGUUAUAACGGCACUGAAAAUGUAACUUAUGAUCAUUUUUCACACUUAUGACUGUUGUGGCAUCCCCAUGGUCAUGUGGUCAAAAUUCUGACUCAUAUUUAUGACGGUUGCAAUGUCCUGAUGUCAUUUGAUCACCUUUUGUGACCUGGCAAGAUGGGUCAGUGGGAUGCCAGAUACACUUAACAACCGUGUUCCAAGCUUAAAAACUGCAAUGACUCACUUAACAACUGUGGCAAGAAAAGUUAUAAAUUGGGCCAAAAUUCACUUAAAACAAAUGUCUCACUUAGCUACUGAAAUCUUGGGCUCAAUUGUUGUAAGUCGAAGAUUACUUGUACAUGCCCAAUGUUAUCAGUUUGCAGCUGCAAAAUUCCAGAUGGUCAUGAAAAAGUUGGCAAAGGGCUUUCCUAUACAGAUAGCCCUAAAUUUAGGGCCAGAAUUUCCGUUGCUAAACAAGGCAAUUGUUAAAUGAGUCUCACCCAAUUUUAUGACUUUUUUUGCCACAGCUGUUAAGUGAAUCACUUUGGGUGCUAAAUGAAUCAUAGGGCCAUUAAUUGAAUCCAGCUUGUUGGAAGCUGGAUUUGCUUGUUGAUUUUGCUUGUUGGAAGCUGUCUGAGACGUCACAAUUGUGACUCCCGGGAUGCUGCAAC